UGAUUUUAAAAAUUUGCUUAAAUCAGGUGAGUGGGUUGAAGAAGUGUUCCUUCAUUGAAGCAUCAGACAAUAGACUAAUGGACCUACCACACUCCAUUGGUCUCCUAUCAUCACUGACCGACCUCUACCUCCAGAAUAACCUUCUCACCUAACUACCUGUGUCCUUUAGUUAUUUAAAGAGUUUAAAGGUGUGUAAUGUCUCCAGUAACAGGUUAAUGUUCCUCCCUGAGUCAAUAGGAGGGUUGCAGAGUUUGACUGAAUUCAACUUAUCGCAAAACCACAUCAAUUAUAUCCUGUCCAGUGUUGGUGGUAUGAAGUGUCUCAGUUUAUUGAACUUUGAUGAGAACAGACUAGAACACUUGCCAAAAGAAAUAGGUGGUUGCUCCUCAUUAACAGUCCUUGCCCUAAGGAACAAUUGGCUGAGGUCCAUUCCUUCAUCAAUAGCUCAGUUGAGACUGAAUUCAACUUAUCGCAAAACCACAUCAAUUGUUGGUGGUAUGAAGUGUCUUAGUUUAUUAAACUUUGAUGAGAACAGACUAGAACACUUGCAAAAAGAAAUAGGUGGUUGCUCCUCACUAACUGUCCUUACCCUAAGGAACAAUCGGCUGAGGUCUAUUCCUUCAUCAAUAGCUCAGUUGAGCAGUUUAACAAUCAUUAAUAUCAUUGGGAACCAGUUGUCAAGACUACCAGCAGGACUCUCAUCACUACCUCACAUUACAGCAAUAUGGAUAGCAGAGAACCAGUCAAAGCCAUUGUUAGAGUUUCAGCUCCAGACUGAUCCCAAUAAUGGAGACAGUUACUUCACUUGUGUGGUCUUCCCUCAACAAGGAAUAGAAACACCUUACGAUGCACUUAUUAUAUAAGGAUAUGAUAAUACUGAUAACUUUAUGAGAAUUAAGUUUGAGCUGAUU